UCUGCUCGAAGUGUUGACAAAGAUUGAGUACACAACAUUUUUCGCGCAGUUAAUUCACUAGUAUACUUUAUUAAUCUCCUCAAUUUAUAUGCACUUUGUUAUUGGAAGAUUUAUGUUUCAUAUUUAAUGUCACAAGUCAAAUGAAUGGCUAUUCACUAACUCAAAUAAUAUCAUAGCUUACAUCAUGUCUGGAAAGUUUUCAGCUUUGAACAAUGACGAAGCAGUUCAAUCAACUAACGAUGAUGCUUGUGGUUGUAAAUGUAGUGCAGUAAACCUUGGAUAUUGGAAGGACAGUUAUGUAAAUUAUUUUGUUAAGCGUUAUGACAGAAAACCACCAGAAAUAAAUAGAGGUUAUUACGCCAGGGUCAAAGGCAUCGAACAUUUGGUUUCACAAUGUCUUCAGGCUUCCAAAACAGAAUGUCAGAUCAUAAGUUUUGGAGCAGGCUUUGAUACGCUAUAUUGGAGAUUAAAAGAAUCUGGAUGUCCUUUCAGUAAAUUUAUAGAAUUCGAUUUUCCUAUUAUGACCUCCAAAAAGCAUUUCUUAAUUAAAAAACAUAAACAAUUGUCGCAACAUCUACAAUUCAAAGAUACAGACGAUAAAUCCGUUUCACCUAAUUUAUACACGGCGGACUAUUUUCUUAUGGGAGCAGAUUUGAGAGAUUUAAAUUCUAUUUCUAACAAGUUAACUUCCGUGGGUAUAAAUUUUGAUCUUCCAACGAUAUUCAUAGCAGAAUGUGUAUUAGUGUAUGUCGAUGUUCAAGCCAUUUCGAAUUUAUUGAAAUAUCUCGCCAAGUCAUUCAGCGAUUGCAUUUUUAUUAAUUACGAACAAGUAAAUUUGAACGAUACGUUCGGCAGAAUUAUGCUUGAAAAUUUGAGAGCCAGGGGCUGCAUGCUGCCUGGUCAUGAAGAUUGUGAGAAUUUGGACAGACAAAAGAGCAGAUUUACUUCAAAUGGGUGGGAUGGCGCUAAAGCUUGGACAAUGGUAGAAAUUUAUAAUUCGUUCAUGGAAAACGAAAGAUGUCGCAUUGAAAGCAUAGAAAUGUUAGAUGAAAAAGAACUGUUGAGUCAACUUUUGGAGCACUACUGCAUUUCAGUCGGUUGGAAAGGCGGUUCAUUCGAAAAUAUAUGCAUUCAAGAAAAAAGUUAG